AUGUCUGACGCUUCGACCGAUUCCACUACUGUCCCUCAAUCCUCCCUGAACAAUCCUAGCAGCACAGAUGUUUCAAAAAUCAGUGCUACCUCCUCAGAAUCUCAUUCUGUUCAUAUCACCACAAUUCGUUUGAAUGGUGACAAUUUUCUGAGAUGGUCUCAGUCGGUUAGGAUGUACAUUAGAGGGCGUGGGAAAAUGGGCUAUUUGACUGGUGAAAAAAAGGCUCCUGCAGAGGAUGAUCCGGCCUAUGCUACAUGGGAUGCAGAGAAUUCCAUGGUGAUGACGUGGCUCGUGAAUUCAAUGGAAGAAGAUAUUGGCUCUAAUUAUAUGUGCUAUCCAACGGCACGAGAGCUUUGGGAGAAUCGGUUUUGGCAAGACCUUGACCUCUUCAACACCUAUGAGUGGAAAUCUCCCGAGGAUGCUCAACAUCACAAGAAGACUGUAGAGGACAGCCACACCUUCAAGUUUCUGGCUGGACUUAAUGUCGAGUUUGAUGAGGUGAGGGGGAGAAUUAUUGGAAGACCGCCCCUACCUUCAAUUGGUGAAGUUUUUUCAGAGGUCAGAAGAGAGGAGACUAGGAGGAAUGUGAUGCUUGGCAAGAAGGGACCUGGAAUUGCUGAAGGUUCUGCCCUGGCCUCCACGGCUGGAAGCAAGGCUCCUAUUUUUCAACGCAAAACUGAUGAAAAGCAGUGA